AUGGGUAACGAAACUUCAAAAUCAAGACCAGUAUCAAACGAUAAACGACGACGAAGUUUCGUGGAUUUUCUGAUAAGAAACGCUGCAAUUAUCCCGACAAAACAAAAAACAUACAAAAAAAAUUUAAUAAUUUCGAAAGGGAAACAACAAAUAAUGAGUGAAGAUGAACUCGAUAUUGUUGCGCCGUUCGACGUAAAUGGACAUCAGAAAUAUAUGUUCCCGGUCAGUGAGAAUGAAGUUGCUUUAAUGCAAAUGAGACAUUACUUGUAUCGAGAGAUUUGGGGCACGAAUUUUUCCGCGCCCGUUGAUGAAUUAUUGCGGAAAGGAAAUACUAAGGUUUUAGAUAUUGGAUGUGGGCCUGGUACCUGGAUAUUGGAAAAUGCUACAGAAUAUGAAGAAGCACAGUUCACGGGAAUCGAUAUUGCAGCGUUAUAUCCAAAAGAAAUUAAACCACCAAAUACACGCUUUAUUAAUUCAGAUAUUUUUCAAGGAUUGCCUUUUGAAGAUAACACAUUCGACUUCGUGUAUUGUCGAUUUAUGAUGUUUGUAUUCACACUUGAAGACUGGCAAGAUAAAGUGAUACCUGAACUAGCAAGAGUUUUGAAACCCAAUGGAUGGCUAGAAAUCAUGGAAGGUGACAUUGUCUGGCAUAAUGAACCAGCGCGCGUAAAGAAUUUACGACUGAAAAUUGUCGAAUUCCUAAAGAAAAAACGAGGAAUAGAACCAAUCUUAAGUCCGAUUAUGCCACAACUUAUCAAACAAUGCGGCCAAUUCUCAAUAGUGUAUCAAGACGAGCGCUCCGCACCGCUUGGGAAGUGGGGUGGAAAUAUCGGCAAAGUGAACAUGGAAUUUUUGAAAUGGGGUGCUGAGUGUCUGGGUGAUACGGUCGCGAAUUCGUUAGGACUUGAAGAUUCAGAUUAUAAAAAAUUGUUGCAUGGAGGAUUCCGGGAAAUCGAUGAGUCGAAUGUGGCCUCGACAACGCAUCGAUUCUGGGCAAAGAAGAUUCGAUUGGCGGAAGAUGAUUUGUUUGCUGGAUUCUGA